AUGGCAAUCGCUCCUCCUCUCAAUGUAGGUUGGGGAUAUGGAAUCGUCCUGGGUCUUGGAGCUGUAUUUGCGUUUGGUAUGAUCCUCGUUACAUGGGUCCUCAAACGGUACAACCAUGAGCUUCAGACCUCCGAAAUGUUUAGCACAGCUGGAAGGACUGUGAAGUCAGGUCUUGUUGCGUCUGCGGUGGUGUCGUCCUGGACUUGGGCAGCUACCCUCCUCCAAUCUUCUGGAAUUGCCUACAGAUAUGGUGUUUCCGGGCCGUUCUGGUACGCCAGUGGUGCUACUGUCCAGAUUCUGUUAUUUGCGACAAUCGCUAUUGAGCUGAAGAGAAGAGCACCAAAUGCUCAUACAUUUCUCGAAGUCAUCAGAGCGAGAUACGGGACUCCCGCACACAUUGUGUUCAUCUGUUUCGGCUUGGCAACAAACAUUCUUGUCACGGCUAUGUUGUUGACCGGAGGCUCCGCAGUCGUUUCUUCCUUGACCGGUAUGCCAACUGCGGCAGCUUGCUUCUUGUUGCCUUUGGGUGUGGUCAUGUACACUAUGUUCGGAGGAAUCAAGGCGACAUUCCUGACAGAUUGGGUGCACACCUUCAUCCUUCUGAUCAUUAUCCUGAUUUUCGCUUUUACGACCUAUGCAACAAGCGAUAUUUUGGGCUCGCCUAAAGCCGUUUUCGAUCUUCUUGUCGAAGCAUCGGCUAGACACCCAGUCGAGGGUAAUGCCGGAGGCAGUUAUUUGACUAUGCAAUCGACUGAAGGUGCUAUAUUCUUCGUCAUCAACAUCGUGGGCAACUUUGGCACCGUCUUCUUGGAUAAUGGCUAUUAUAAUAAGGCUAUUGCUGCCUCCCCAGUUCAUGCCCUGCCCGGAUACAUCAUGGGAGGCAUUUCAUGGUUUGCAAUUCCGUGGCUCUGCGCUACCACUAUGGGUCUUGCAGGUCUUGCACUCGAGAGCAACCCGGCUUUCCCAACCUACCCAGAUCGCAUGCCUGACACGGAUGUCUCAGCUGGCCUUGUCCUGCCCUACGCUGCUGUUGCAUUAUUGGGCCCUGGCGGCGCGGUGUGCACCCUUUUGAUCGUGUUCAUGGCUGUCACAUCUGCUUCAUCUGCCGAACUCAUUGCAGUAUCAUCUAUCUUCACCUAUGACAUCUACCAAACCUACUUUAAUCCAGGUGCUAGUGGAAAGCGACUGAUUUACAUGUCCCAUGCUAUGGUUGUUGCAUUCGGACUGGCUAUGGCAUCGCUCUCAGUCGGAUUGCACUACGCCGGUAUCAGCAUGGGAUAUCUCUAUGUUCUUAUGGGUGUUAUCAUCUCAUCUGCUGUGAUUCCCGCCACCCUUACUCUCAUGUGGGCUGGACACAACAAAUGGGCCGCGACUCUGACACCACCGUGCGGCUUCGCCUGCGCCAUCAUUGCAUGGUUGGUGACUGCCUCCAAGACCUGCGGAAAGCUCGACGUUGAGUGCACCGGAUCCAACAACCCCAUGUUGGCAGGCAACGUCAUGGCCCUUCUCUCGCCUCUCAUCUUCACACCAAUCUUCACCUUGAUCUUCGGACUCGACAAGUAUGACUGGCAAUCUAUGGCCGCCAUCCGCAAAGGCGAUGACCACGAUCUCGCCGCCGAAGCUGACUUCGACCUCGAGCUGGUACCAGGAGCCGUCACCACUGAAGAGGCAAUGGAGGUUGAACAAACCAAGCUCCUUCGCGCUUCCAAAAUCGCCAAAGGCAUGACCGUGAUCCUCACCCUUGCGCUGCUCAUCCUCUGGCCCAUGCCCCUCUACGGCACAGGCUACAUCUUCAGCGAGAAGUUCUUUGCGGGCUGGGUCAUCGUUGGUAUUAUCUGGCUCAUCGGUUCACUUAUGUGUGUUGGUGUCUUCCCAGUCUGGGAAGGCCGCAAGGAGUUGCUGUUUACGUUCAAGGCUAUCUACUUGGAUGUUACUGGCAAGCAACAUCCUUCCAGACAUCACCGUCCCGAAGCCACGUAUGUGGAGGGCAAGGAAGCUGGAAGUGAGACGCCCCCUGUGGUGCAUGAGAAGUCAGCCGGCGUCAUUGAGGAUAAGGCUGCGUAA